AUGCACUAUGAAGGGAAGCCGACAGGCCGUCCUAAUGAGCGUGUGUCUUCCGGAGAGAGUCCUUCUCGAAGGACGCCCUGCUGGGACCCACCAGUGUCAAAGCUCCAAAGCUCGCGAACACGUGUAAUAAAAAAACACUUAGCAUUAAGCUUCGAUGGUUAUUCGGGCUGUCAGCAGUACCAGCAUUAUAGAAUAAGAAUGCACGUGGCGAAAAAUAAUAAAGUUGGCAGAGAGGUCGGUAAUGAAGAAGGGCGUGUGGCGCGGCGCGUGCGGCGGUGGUUCGUAAUGAGAGCGGGCUGUUGCCCUGCCGACUGCGUAGUGCCUAGUGCCUGGGAGAAUGCGCCGGUUAUUAGUGCCUAA